AUGGGAUCUAAGUUCGGCUGUUACCAAUAUGACGAAGAGUCUUUUCUUAUCUAUCUAUCUAUCUAUCUAUCUAUCUAUCUAUCUAUCUAUCUCAGUGAUUUCAUCUCUCUCUCUCUCUCUCUCUCUCUCUCUCUAUCUAUCUAUCUAUCUAUCUAUCUCAGUCCUCUCAUAUCUAUCUAUCUAGCUAUCUAUCUAGCUAGCUCAAUCAUUUCAUUUCAUAUCUAUCUAUCUAUCUAUCAAUCUCAGUUCACUCGUAUCUUUCCCGGUCUGUUCAUAUCUAUCUAUCUAUCUAUCUAUCUAUCUAUCUAUCUAUCUAUCUAUCUAUCUAUCUCAGUGAUUUCAUAUCUAUCUAUCUAUCUAUUCAUCUAUUCAUCUAUCUAUCUAUCUAUCUCAGUCCUCUCAUAUCUAUCUAUCUAUCUAGCUAUCUGUCUAGCUAGCUCAAUCAUUUCAUUUCAUAUCUAUCUAUCUAUCUAUCUAUCUAUCUAUCUAUCUAUCUCACUCAAUCAUUUCAUUUCAUUUCAUCUAUCUAUCUAUCUAUCUAUCUAUCUAUCUAUCUAUCUAUCUAUCUCAGUCCUCUCAUAUCUAUCUAUCUAUCUAGCUAUCUGUCUAGCUAGCUCAAUCAUUUCAUUUCAUAUCUAUCUAUCUAUCUAUCUAUCUAUCUAUCUAUCUAUCUAUCUAUCUCGGUCAUUUCAUGUCUAUCUGUCUGUCUAUCUAUCUAUCUAUCUAUCGUAG